AUGAUGCCCAGGCAUCAAGCAACCGCAUAUUCUAAUGGAUAUCCUCGCAAGAGCGAUCCAUACUCUAAGAGCGACACAUACUCCAUAUCACCACAUAGAUUCCAACCAAGGACAUCACCGCCAGCGCUGCGCCGUCGAAGGCAGCUUCUCGUUCGUUUGACUCUCGUCUUAGUAUUCGCAUUAGUAGUUGGACUGUUUAUAUGGCCUGGUGCCGCGGUCCUUCCAGUAUUAUCUUUUGGCCUCAUAUCUUCAGGGGAGGACUUUCAACUCGAAACCGUUCGAUAUUACGAUCUUUCCAAUGUACAAGGGACGGCCAGAGGUUGGGAAAGAGAGGAACGGAUCUUACUUUGUGCUCCCCUUCGUGACGCCGAGCCCCAUCUGCCAAUGUUUUUCGCGCAUCUUCGUAAUUUUACAUACCCGCAUCACCUUAUAGAUCUUGCAUUCUUGGUCUCUGAUUCCAAGGACAACACCCUAUCUUUGCUCUCGGAGCUUUUGGAGAAAUUACAAGCCGACGAGGACCCAAAACAACCAUACGGUGAAAUAUCUAUCAUCGAAAAGGAUUUUGGUCAAAAGGUCAACCAGGAUGUAGAGAGUCGUCAUGGUUUCGCUGCACAAGCAAGCCGAAGAAAAUUGAUGGCACAAGCCAGAAAUUGGCUUUUAAGCGCUGCAUUACGUCCUUAUCACAGCUGGGUUUACUGGAGAGAUGUGGAUGUCGAGACCGCACCUUUCACAAUUCUAGAGGAUCUGAUGCGUCACAAUAAGGACGUCAUCGUACCUAAUGUUUGGCGACCAUUGCCAGAUUGGCUUGGAGGAGAGCAACCUUAUGAUUUGAAUUCAUGGCAAGAAUCCGAAACGGCCUUAGCCCUAGCUGAUACUCUUGACGAAGAUGCAGUCAUCGUGGAGGGAUAUGCGGAAUAUGCGACAUGGCGUCCCCAUCUGGCAUACUUGAGAGAUCCAUAUGGUGACCCUGAUAUGGAAAUGGAUAUCGAUGGUGUUGGAGGUGUUAGUAUUUUGGCCAAAGCCAAGGUUUUCAGAUCCGGUGUCCAUUUCCCUGCCUUUAGUUUUGAAAAGCAUGCCGAGACUGAGGGAUUCGGAAAGAUGGCAAAACGAAUGAAGUUUUCGGUAGUUGGAUUACCUCAUUAUACUAUUUGGCAUUUGUAUGAGCCAAGUGUUGAUGAUAUUCGUCACAUGGAGGAAAUGGAACAAGAGCGUAUUGCUCGCGAAAAUGAAGAAAAGGAAAAGGCGGAACGUAAUAAGAAGAUGAAGGAACAGUUUGAUGAUCCAACUCCACAAUGGGAGAAGGAUAAGAACGUCAUCGCAGACGAAGCUCUCAAGGAGAAGAAGGAGAAGGAGAAAGCUGAAGUUAAAGCUAAGGAAGACGAUGGUGCUGCAAAAGCUCCAGACUCCAAGGCCGAAGAAACUUCAGCUACCUCUCCCAAACCUCAUUCAACAUCUUCUACAGCUUUGCGCCAAAGCAUUGAUAGUGUCGCCCCGCAACGACUCAAUGGUAGCAUGGCCUCGAAUACUAGUAUGAUUUCAGUAGCUGUCGACCCUGUCACCCUUAUCAUUCAAGAAUGUCGUGCUGUUACUUCUGCCAUGCGGAAACAUCCUCGGUGGGCGCAUUCAUCGGCUUCUUCUAUAUUGGGGGGGCAUUCAAGUCCGCUGAGCGCCGGGGUUCAGAACUCAAGGCCUUCUACACCGCGAGAUGAGCCAGGAACUCGCAGGGCGCCGAAAGGUUCAGUGGUCUCAGAAGGGAAUGAUGAUGCAGGCUUGGCAAUCAGAUGGGGUUUGAGGGGAAAGAAGGGGAAGAGCAUGCAAGAUAAUCCUCUGAUGGCUGGAUUUCAGCGCCUCAGACAGGAAUUGACUGGAUGCAAAGACAUACACACAUUCGAUGCACCAUCUUUACUCCACCCUUUUCUUCAAGUUAUGGUCAUCGAAAAUCCCGCAACGCCGUCGCCGAUCACAACUUUAGCCCUGGCUGCCAUCAUAAAGUUCUUCUCGUACAACUUAAUCAGUCCAAGCUCCCCUCGACUUUCACAGGCAAUGCAGUCUUUAUCUGCUGCCAUGACAAAUUGCCGGUUCGAAGCUCGAGAUACAGUAGCUGAAGAGAAAGUGUAUCAAAAAAUAUUGAAACUUAUGGAAGGAAUGCUGUCUGGCCCUGGCGGAGAUUUACUGAGUGAUGGAAGUGUUUGUAAAAUGAUGGAGACGAAUUUAAAUAUGUGUUGUCAGCCACAGCUAUCAGAGUUAUUUCGUGGGACUGCCGAAAUGACUAUGGCCAAGAUGUGUCAGAUCAUUUUCGAGAGACUGAAGCAUUUAGAAAUUGAGGCUGGGGAUGAUCUAGAAGCUUUAGAUGAGAAGACAAAGGAAGAUAUGGACACUGUCAAAAUGGCCCCUUCAGCAGCGAGUACAAGUGCUAUCACGAAAUUGACCGCAUCUCCUGCCGGAUCACGGCCACCUUCUUCAAGCUUUGAUACAUCACGGCCGUCAUCUGCUAUGGAAAAGGUUCCUCUCUUAGAGUCUUCAUCUGAAGCUGGAAUUGUGGCGCCGGCAUCAGAGGCUUCGGAUGAUACUCCCAGCAAGCCUUAUUCUCUCCCAUCUAUUUGUGAGCUAUUCAGGGCUUUGAUAGAUUUACUAGAUCCUCACGAUCGAAAACAUGCCGAUCCUUUGAGAGUCAUCGCUCUUCGUAUGAUCAACGUAGCUCUAGAGAUAGCAGGUCCUUCAAUUGCCAAACAUCCAGCUUUGGCAAACCUUGCUGAAGACCGCCUUUGUCGAUAUCUAUUCCAAUUAGUCCGAUCGGACAAUAUGGCUAUCUUACAGGAGUCGCUCAUUGUUGCUGGCACUCUUCUCUCGACGUGCAGAGGAGUCUUGAAGUUGCAGCAAGAGCUCUUUCUGUCUUAUCUGGUUGCAUGCUUGCAUCCUCGCGUAGAAAUUCCUCGGGAAAGGGGAAUCGAUCCCUCUCUGUAUGCUGGUAUACCACAGGCUCCAAAAUUGGUUAAGCCCCCACCAUCACAAGCUAGCAGCGGUCGUUCCACGCCCGUACCUGUGAAAGAUCGUCGAACCUUAGGGUUAGAAGGUGGGUCGCGUAAGCCGGAUGCACGUGAAGCAAUGGUGGAAAGUGUUGGGGCUCUUGCGCGGAUCCCGAGCUAUAUGGCUGAACUAUACGUCAAUUAUGAUUGCGAGAUUGACCGAAGUGAUAUCUGCGAGGAUAUGGUUGGACUUCUGUCUCGCAAUGCGAUUCCAGAUUCUGCAACUUGGAGCACGACAAGUGUCCCACCACUCUGUCUGGAUGCUCUCUUAGGUUUUGUUCAAUUCAUUGCAGAUAGACUUGGCGAUGAACCGAAAUAUGAUGGCUACCCUGAUCAAGCAACACUACGUGAGCAGAAACGAAGGAAGAAGAUUAUCAUUCAGGGAACGGUCAAAUUUAACGAGAGUCCGAAAGCUGGAAUUGCGUUUUUAGCGUCACAGGGCAUCAUAGAUGAUCCGAGAGAUGCAAAGACUGUCGCAAAUUUCUUGAAGGGAACGUCUCGUAUCGACAAAAAGCAAUUGGGCGAAUUCAUAUCCAAGAAAGGAAAUGAGCCCAUUCUAGAAGCUUUGAUGGAUUCAUUUGAUUUUGAAAACAAGAGAGUUGACGAGGCGCUGCGUGAACUCCUCGAGACCUUCAGAUUACCUGGAGAAUCUGCUUUGAUUGAACGGAUUAUCUCGACUUUCGCAGAAAACUAUUGUUCGGGCACAUUACCUGAAGGUAUCGCGGAUAAAGAUUCCGUAUAUGUUCUAACUUAUGCCAUUAUCAUGUUGAAUACAGAUCAGCAUAAUCCGAACAUGAAGGGUAAACGCAUGGAGCUAGAAAACUUUGCACGGAAUUUGCGUGGAGUUAAUGGCGGGCAGGAUUUUGCUCCGCAAUAUCUCCAGGACAUCUACGAGUCUAUCAAAUCAAACGAGAUCAUUCUGCCUGAUGAGCAUGACAACAAACAUGCUUUCGACUAUGCUUGGAAGGAAUUAUUACUAAAAACUGCUUCCGCGGGUGAUCUCACUAUCUGCAACACUAAUAUCUUCGAUGCAGAUAUGUUCGCAGCUACUUGGAAACCGGUAGUUGCAACUCUGUCGUAUGUCUUUAUGUCGGCGACUGAUGAUGCUGUGUUUGAGAGAGUUAUCACUGGUUUUGAUCAGUGUGUCCGUAUCGCAGCCAAACAUGGUUUGACUGAAGUCAUUGACCAAGUCGUGUAUUGUCUGAGUCACAUUACUACACUUGCAACAGAGAUUCCAUCCAGUACUACUCUCAAUACGGAGAUACAGGUUGGGGAGAAUAGUGUCAUGGUUAGUGAACUUGCAGUCAAGUUUGGUAGAGAUGUGAAGGCUCAACUUGCGACUGUUGUGCUUUUCCGUGUUGUGUUAGGUAGUGAAAGUGUGAUAGGAGAAAGUUGGAAGCACAUUUCUAGGAUUUGCAUGGAUAUUGCUCCAAUUCCCUUACAAAAUCCUUCCCAAGUCAUUGAUCGCGGGGCAAAACCCAGCGACACCGGUCUUUUCUCUGCUUUUGCGUCAUACAUUACUAGCUAUGCUGCAGACGAUCCUCCAGAGCCAUCGGAUGAAGAGCUCGAAAGUACCCUGUGCACAGUCGAUUGUGUGAAUGCUUGCUUCAUGGGCGACGUGUUCGCAAAUGUAGUAAACAUGCCUAUUGAUUCCUUACGACCUCUCAUACAAGCAUUGAUAUCGCAAUUGCCAGAUGACCCUUCAUCGGUCGUCAUAAGUGUGAAAUCGGAAGUGGAGCCUCCAUCAAGUCCUACAAAUGGCAUUAACGGUGCACCAUCCGGUCCUGUGUAUGAUCCAUCAAUGGUUUACAUAUUAGAGCUGUGUACCGUGCUUGCAAUGCGAGAUAAUGAAACUACCAACGCAUUUGGGGCUGAAGUUGCAGAAGCUUUACAAAACGUUCUACGAAACUCUGCCAGUUGGCAUCCCUUGAUGGUAUCUAGAACAAUAUUUUAUCUACUGCACCUACUGCACGCAAGCUAUGAACAAUCAUACAUUCGUGUUCCUGUGGUGCUUCACGCUAUCUCAAGUUUCAAGAAGGAUUUGUUCGAGAAAUCUGCCACAUUUGUUCUUCAAGGAUUAACACAAUGCAUAAAAGAGCCAGGUCCAUUACGAAACGAAAUCAUGACUUCCCCCGACUUCUGGGUAAUUCUUAAAAAUCUUGCAACCAGUCCUUCUUCAGCAUCGGCUGUGUUCGAAAUCCUUGAAGGCGUUGCUAUUGGUUCUCCACCAACUAUAAUGGCAGAUAAUUAUGAGUCAGCUGUUAAGUUGCUCAAUGAUUUUGCCACCGCCGGGAGUGUAGGGUCUACCGUGGAGCAAAAACAGGAUAAGAGGACACGAAGAGGACAACCAGUCAAACAGCCAAAGCCACAGGUGGUAGAUGCGGUCGUAGCUAGAGGAGUCAAGGCUAUAACGAUGAUAUAUUCUUUGACGUCGCGAAUUCCUGUCCUGAUGGAACAAUCACAUCUUGAAAGCAAAGAGGCUUGGGCAAAUUAUUGGUCGCCAAUCUUCAUGGCUUUGACGACACAGUGUACCAAUCCUUGCCGAGAAAUUCGACAUCAAGCAUUCUCUUCGUUACAGCGUUCGUUAUUAUCACCAGAAUUAACGUCAGGUGAUCACGAAGAAUGGACCGCUAUAUUCGGCGAGGUUCUCUUCCCUCUCAUAACUCGAUUGCUAAAGCCAGAAGUAUACUCAUCCGAUCCCAUUGGCAUGAGUGAAACUCGUGUUCAAGCCGCCACGCUUCUCUGUAGGAUCUUCUUGCACUACCUAGUACUGUUGUCGAAAUGGGAGGGUAUGCUGGAUCUUUGGAUUAAGAUACUUGACAUCAUGGAUCGUUUGAUGAAUAGUGGACAGGGUGAUAGUUUGGAAGAAGCAGUACCAGAAAGUUUAAAGAAUGUCCUUCUUGUAAUGUCUAGUAGCGGAUACUUGGUACCGCGUAGUCAAGAUGAGACGCAGGAGAAGUUAUGGACCGAAACUUGGAAGAGAAUUGAUAGGUUUUUGCCCGAUUUGAGGAAGGAAAUUGAUUUGGAGGGGCCGGGGGUUGAGGAGAAUAUUAAGGGGAAGGAAAAUGAAAUUUUGGCGACAAAUGUCAAGAGUGAUACCGAAGCAGGAGUUGAACAAGAGAAGACGGAUAUCAAAGUUUGA